GCACAUCCAACGGCUGAGAUUAAAAAAAAAAAAAAUUCCAAUUUCUAUUCUAUUCGUUCCCGCCCAAAACAAAACAUAGAGUUGGUCUGAACUCGUGGGAAAACACAUACUCAUUGAACACAGUCAGUGGUUCUUGUCCGAACGGCGACUGAACGGCGACCCAAUACCGGCGGCGACCCAGUGUACCCAGUCUCCACGCCGUUGCAAGGACCGACGACGCCACAGUUGCAUUUUCAUAUGGAUAUGGAACCUGAGAAUGAUUGUGCUUGGAAGCCAAAACAGGGAAUGACAUUCGAUUCUGAACAAUGUGUGUAUGAUUUUUAUAAUACAUAUGGAGGAAGAAUGGGGUUUAGCAUAAGAAGGGAUUUCUGUAGGAAGAACAAGAUCAAUAACCAACUUAUUUGUAGACUUUUGGUUUGCAACAAGGAGGGAUUUCGGAAGGGUGACAAACGAGACCCAUUGUCAAAAAACCCAAGAGCUGAAACUAGGACCGGUUGUGAGGCUCGACUUUAUGUCAAAUUAGAUGAGGGUACUGGGAAAUAUGUUGUCACUGAUUUCAAAGAAAAACACAACCAUGAUCUUGUAUCACCCGAGUGUGCCCACAUGUUGCCGUCACAAAGAAAGAUAUCGACUACCCAAGCAAUUGAGUUAGAUUUGGCGGCACAAUCUGGUCUUCGUUUAGGCCAGUCUUUUGAACUCAUGGGUAGGGAAGCUGGUGGGAGGCAAUGUCUUGGGUUUACAAAGUUAGAUCAGAAAAAUUAUUUGAGAACCAAAAGACAACAAAGUUUAGCAUAUGGGGAAGUAGGCAAUGUAUUGCAAUACUUUAAAGAAAAAUCUUUGCAGAAUCCUUCCUUCUUUUAUGCUUUCCAGUUAGAUAAUGAAGAGCAAAUAACGAAUAUGUUUUGGGCUGAUGCACAAAUGAUCAUGGAUUAUGCCCAAUUUGGUGAUGUUGUCACUUUUGAUACUACUUACAAGUUAAACAAAGAACAUAGACCCUUCGCGUCUUUUGUGGGAUUCAACCAUCAUAGGGAAACAGUUAUAUUUGGUGCAGCCUUGCUGUAUGAUGAGACCGCCGAAUCGUUUGUAUGGUUGUUUCAAAAUUUUCUACAGGCUAUGUCAGGAAAGGCACCAAAAACGCUGUUCACUGAUCAAGAUGCUGCAAUGGCUAAAGCCAUACCCAUCGUUAUGCCGGACACAAGUCACCGUUUGUGUACUUGGCAUUUGAUGCAAAAUGCAUUAAAACAUGAUUACAUUCGUUCUGAUUUUAACUUAAAUGAAUUCUUCAUGCAUUUCGAAAGGGUACUUUACGAGAAGCGAUACAAGGAGUUAGAAAGCAGGAUAUGCUUUGUGCCAAAGGUUGCCAAAGGUGAAAGCAACAAUAAGAAUUUAAUUCAAAUGGGUAAUGUUUACACAAAAAAGAUAUUUGAAGAAUUUCAAAAUGAGUACUUUCGAUCAAUUGAAUCGGACAUAGAAGCAAUUGAAUAUGGCGAGGCUAGUACAUUUACACAGUUGUUGAUGUUGGUUAUUAGAGACAUAUUGAAGAUGAAAGAGGUUCCUCCACAAUACAUUCUAAAGAGGUGGACGAAACAAGCAAGAGCCGAAACUGUGAAGGACAUUAAGGGGAAUGACAUUCAGUGGAUCUUCGCUUCGUCACAAUCUAUUGCAAGUCCAACAGUUGCACCUUCUCCAUUAUCUGUUGGAGGAGAGAUCUAUUGUUCGUCAACAGUUCCUCCUCUUCAACCUCUUCCUCCCCGUCGUCAUUUUCCUCCAUCUUUGCCCAUGGGUGGUAAUUCUAUUCCUCCGUCAUUGAUAAAUCCCACAUAUCAUGACAUGUACGUAGUGCAUAAUUCAGUGCCAAAUUUAAUGCCGCAACAGUAUCCUGCUGAACCAACAUUCCAGUCACUACUUCAAGGUUCAUAUGGAUAUGACAUUGGGUUUCGAUAUUCUCAAAAUCAAACAGUCCAAUGUGGAGUCAGGCCAUGGACAAGCACAAAGACAAGCAAACUGCAGAUGAAAAUGGCAUGCAAAGUGAAGUGA